ACAUCUUCAGCUUGAUGUCUACCCAUCCUGAAGGAGUGACUAGUACAGUUAUAUGCAGGCUACUAACUGGAACAAACGUUGCAUGGGUCAGAGCAUCUUCGUCUGUUGUCACGGGUUUUCAUCUCCAUUGAGCGUUAUGUUAAAGCAGUACAUCCAUAUGGCGGAAAAGGAAAGCUUACCAAUACCAAACUUAAGGCGACCUUCCUGUUGGAUUCUUGCAUUUACGUUAAAUGUUCCAAUUUUCUUGGAAUUGAACUUCAAAAACACCAUAGGUGAUUGCGAUGAAGACUGGCCGCAGGACCGGAGUGGAUGGGCGUAGCCAAUAGCUUGGUUUGGUUGGUGACUAUGACUGUUCUCCCCCUGGUACUGAUGAUUGGAUUUUACUCCAGAGUCGUGUGCUCAUUGUGGUUCGCACAAGUUGAUGAUAAUAAACUUUCACAUCAACAGAGGGAUGGUCGUGGUUGUCAUUCAUGAUCAUUCCUCGGCAUUUUACACAAAGUUGAGACUCAAAAGCGGCGACUAAUCGGAUGAUCUUUCUGCGUCGUUUCAGUUUUGAUAAAAUUACUGGACUUCAGUUUCUCAAGCCAUCGUUUUGAGGCGGUAAGAGAAGCUCUUCCAGAGUUUCUAUUUGCUUUUGGUACUGGAGAUACAAGUUUACGCAUGGUUAUAGCAGAGGUGGACCAUCGACCCUGUAAAAUAUGUCCAUGCGAUCGGUUUCCGACACAUUAGCUACUGGUUUUGCGACGGUCCUUUCCCUUUUUGUGGCCAUUGUAAUAAUGGGGAACUCUAUUGUUUGCACGAUCAUACUGAAAUAUCGCGAUAUGAGAAUUCCAAUCAAUUUUCUUCUUGUAAACCUGGCUGUUUCGGACAUUAUGACUGCAAUAUUUCUUGCACCACAGUACAUCUUCAGUCUGAUGUUUACCCACCCUGAUGGAGUAACUGGCACAGUUCUAUGCAGGCUACUAACUGGAGGAAACUUUGCAUGGGUUGGAGCAUCUUCGUCCAUCUUCACUCUGGUUUUUAUCUCCCUUGAACGAUAUUAUGCAAUAAUAUAUCCAUUUGGUGGAAAGGGAAAGCUUACCUAUACCAAACUUAAGGUGAUUAUUCCUUUCUGUUGGAUUCUUGCAUUUACCCUCAAUAUUCCAAUUUUCUUGGUCAUGAACUUCGAAAACACCAUAGGUGACUGCCAGGAAGACUGGCCCAAGGAGUGGAUGGGCGUAGCCAAUAGCAUGGGUUGGUUGGUGACUAUGACAGUUCUCCCCCUGACGCUGAUAAUUGGGUUUUACUCCAGAGUCGUGUACUCUCUGUGGUUCACACGAGUUGAUGAUAAUCAACUUUCACAUCGACAGCGGGCUUUGAUCAAGUGUCGGAAGCGAGUCACCGCAAUGGUAAUAAUUGUCAGCAUCAUAUUUGGAAUCUGUUGGUCUACCGACGCGGCAUUUCAUUUGUUACAUUUCAUCGGCUCCCCUCAGAGUGAUGUAGUUUCUGCUAUAACUACCAUGCUGAUCGUAUUUAAUUCUGCUGUCAACCCGUUUGUGUAUGCCCUGGUGAACCAAAGAUUUCGCCAAAAGAUCAAAGCAAUGUUUCGCUGUAAUUGUGUUGCUACAAACAGGAUUGGCCCCAAUGUCCAUCCCACUCGUAGAAUCGUAUUGCCAACCGUGGCUACCACUCCUCCAAACCUUCCCGUCGCAGUUAUUGCAGGACAAAGUGAUGUCAACAACUGAUGGGGAACGCAUCAACGAGAAUGUUAGGUUUCCGAACUUCGCUCAUAUUGUAGACAAAAACUUUAUAUGUUACAAGGCAGACCUUAGUUAAUGAAGAUAACAAUCGACAGCAAUUAAUCAGAUAAUCUCAUGGCGUUCUAUAAAUUGUAUAGGGUGUAGCAACAGAGCCUUUUCCCUUCAAUUUGUAAAGUAAGCAGUGAGAAUAACGAUAACAGUAAUAAUCGUGAUGACAGACAAUAAUGAUGAUGAUGAUGAUGAUGAUGAUGAUGAUGAUGAUAAUGAUGGUGAUGGUGACGAUAAAGCGCGUGAAGAAUCAAGAACCGAACAGCAAUUAAUCAUCAAGUUGGGGGCAUAGAAUUUUUUUUUUUUUUUGCUUUUGGAAUCCUGAUAUCGCCAACUCUUUCCAUCGUCUUUUAAUAGCUCUAUUCUACGCUGUGACAGUUUCUUGACAAUAUGGUAAAGUGCUGUGAGACUGCGUAAAUAAUUUUUAUUACUUAGUGGGAAUGCACUCUAAAACACCUCUUUUUUCAGUCC